GGGUUGCUGUGAGUUUUUCAGGCUCUAUGGCCAUGUUCCAGUAGCAUUCUCUCCUGAUGUUUCACUUGCAUCUGCUGUCCAGAGUGGGAGAAAGAACACAACAAACAAACUACAGACGCACCAAGAAAUUUCAAUAAAUGCUAUGUUCAGCAAAGGAUAAGAGGGAUCCUCUUACCACUGCAGGAGUCUACCGUAUGCCAUGCAGCUGUGGACGAGUCUACAUAGUAAGUCUCAUUAGAAUGAAUACAAAUCCAAUAUGAUAUGAGCUACCUGUUGGCGUGAAAUCUGUGUUCAGCGUGAUGAAUGUCAACCUACCUUGUUAUGUGUGUCUUCUGUUUCUUUAUGACAUCAUUAUCUCUUCCCAAGAAUUUGCAGGAUGACUUCACAAUAUACAUCCACAGCUAGAAGGGGAAAAAAUGGCUACCAAUGGAAAAAGCACUGACCAGCCAUUGGUUAGAAUGAAAGAAGAAGGAGGGGAGGGGGAAAAUCUUACGACUUCUGAGCACGAUACUGAUCUGCUCAAAGAUGUCCCAGAAACACCCACAAAAUCUAGGUUGGAAGAAGCUGGGGCUAUCAACAGGCACUCACUCCGUUCCACAGAUUGGAACCGCCGACCUUUCGGUCAACAAAUCCAGCAACACAGUAGUUCAGCCCGCUGUGCCACCGUGGUCCCUAACAAGCAAACCCCUUAUGGAACAGUUGCACUGUAUGACAAAUACGUCCCAGAUAUUGAAAGUUAUGUUUCAAUACAAAAGCCACGGACCAGUAUAUAUUUCCCCUUGGACUUCCCAAAACCCGUACGGCCCGAUAAACAGAAGAGAUCUAAACCUUCGACUAUAAAGAAAUAUGGGCCUCAAAGGAACCUCUAUGGAAGUCCCAUGGCUAGGCAAACCUUCCCUCUCUUUGGCAAGUUCCCACCUAGACAACCAUCUCCAGAACAAGACCACACAGAGACGGAGGACUCCAAAAAGUCAAAAGAGAGGAAAACAUGCUGGGAUAGAAUAAAAUGCUCAUGUUGUAAGAAAAAGAAGAAAGAGCCCAUGCCAGAGUCUGAUGAAUCUGUGAAAUCCGGAGAUGAAACUAUAAUAAUGCCUCCAGAUGACAAAACUGUUGGAGUUGGGGAAUACGAUCCACUUGAAGAUGAAGCCAAAGGAGUGAGACACUACGUCAGUGAAUCGCGCCACAUCACCACGUAUCCUUCGUCACAACUCCCUGCCUCUCCGAAAGAAAAACCAAAGAGAAAGAAGAAGACAGGUGCUGAACAGGCUCAGUCAUCCGUAUCUGAUGCUUCCAACCAACCGAUUGGCGAAUCGUCCAGAUCACUGAAAGGGAUUUUGAAAAGCUCUGAGGAAAGAGUGCGAGCUAGCAAAUCCCUUUCCAUCACACCAUCAGAAAGGGAUGCGGCAAAGACUCUUCCAGAGGUGAUGUCAAAACAGUCGACUGUUCAUUUCAGAAGUGAAGAGAUCUCAACAAGCAAUGAAAGUGUUUUCCAGCCAUCUUCUGCGGAAACGGCUCCUAAAUCACCAGCCAAAGAAAUCCUCAAAAAAGGGCCUCCUUCUCCCACGAUGCCUGAUGGGUCUCCCACGGCUCCUCCUCCCUUGGCUGGGGCACCUCCACAAAAAGCUGCAGUAGAAGAUUCCGGAAAAGGACCGGAAGAGGCCACCUUACAAGUUGGGGCAGAAAUGUCACCCCCUAAGCCACCUUCUCCUUACUCUGCAGACCAAGCAACGUCACCCACCAAACCUCAACUCUCUUCAGAGAAAACGAAGCCCACAUCUCCAUCGGAAACCCAUCAAGCUCAAAAAGAGGCCGAAGCCGUUCCCAUCACUUCUCUCAGAAAUCAGAGGCGAGCGCACUUCUUUGCCAGAGCUAGCGCACCAUCUCGAAGGACUAUCAGAGAAAAAGAAGAAGUUGGGAAAAGUUCUGGAGAUGAUUCUGGGGAAAAAGAGGUCAAACAAGAAACUCGGGCUAGGCCCCCACCUCAGCAUCCAGCCAUUCGGGAACUGCCACUUGUAGAGCAAACCCACGACGAGAAGACUCAAACAGAACCACUCACCGAAGAAUUCAGCAUGGAGGAGGUCCCUUUGCCCACCUUGUUUCCAGAACCCAAAAGCCCCUCGCCGAAGUUGACCAGAGAGAGCCGGCUCCAUGAUGUUAUCAUGGAAGGUGCUAGUAGAGAAAGAGGAACAGUCAGGUUUUCUCCAGUGGUAACGACGACACCAAUUCUAGGAAGGCAACCGGAAGGGAAAAAAUCUGCACCACUUGUGCCCUGGAGCAAAAUGGGUCCACAAAUUCUUUUUAUAAAAAGAAAUCAAGUAUCGUUUUCCAGUUUCACCACAUCCUUUUUCUGGCGAUUCCUCAAGUGGCAACUGGAAUCCAAGAAUGGCUUCUUCCUCUUAUUAAAAUUAACCAAUAAAAUUCCUUCACCAAAGCCACUUCUGAUUUGAAAUUUAUAGGCACGUGGAACAAGAGCGCAGUGGUCAAGCAUUUGGUUUCUCCUGGAGUGGUUUGAGUGUCAAAACACUAUUAUUAUUAUUAUUAUUAUUAUUAUUAUUAUUAUUAUUAUUAUCAACACAACGACGUUGUAUGGCACAGCAAACAAGAUAGAUAUGCUGGAUUUCGUUUCGCAAAACCACAAGUCGAACACUUCCCAAGUGUCUAGGACUGUGUGAUGCAUUUUCUGAUGAUGUGUGCAGAUCCCAGUAGGGUGGCCUUUUGCAGUUGGCAGAUGGUGAUUUUGUCAAUGUCUAUUGUUUCCAAAUGCCGGCUGAGAUCUUUUGGCACAGCACCCAGUGUGCCCAUCACCACCGGGACCACCUGUACUGGUUUCUGCCAGAGUCUUUGAAGUUCAAUCUUGAGGUCCUGAUAGCGGCUGAGUUUUUCCUGUUGUUUUUCAUCUAUGCGACUGUCACCUGGGAUGGCAACAUCAAUGAUCCAAACCUUGUUCUUUUCCACAACUGUGAUGUCUGGUGUGUUGUGUUCCAGAACUUUGUCAGUCUGGAUUCGGAAGUCCCACAGUAUCUUUGCAUGUUCAUUUUCCAAUACUUUUGCAGGUUUGUGAUCCCACCAGUUCUUUGCUCCUGGGAGGUGGUACUUGAGGCAUAAGUUCCAAUGAAUCAUUAUUAUUAUUAUUAUUAUUAUUAUUAUUAUUAUGUUGUUGUUGUUGUUGUUGUUGUUGUUGUUGUUGUUGUUGUUGUUGAAGGCUUUCUUGGCCAGAAUUGCUGCGAGUGAGUUUUCCGGGCUGUAUGGCCAUGUUCCUGAAGCAUUAUCUCCUGACAUUUCUCCCACAUCUGUGGCAGGCAUCCUCAGAGGUUGGCGCUGGUACAAUCAAUAAAGGUGUGAACAUAUUCGUAUUUCUAUGUUUUAACAAAAACAGGACCUAAGUCUGUUCAUCCUUUUAGUCUGAGUCGGACACUGUCAGCAGGGCACACAUUGCAUACAUUGGGCAAUGGCUCCAUCUUCUGACUAAAAGAGGGAAAAUAUAGCAG